GCUAAUGAUAAUGUUACAUAGCUGUCUCAUUUGUCUUGACAUGCUUAGCCAGCCCAGUUUAAACAUUUCAUGAAGGUUAUUUCACUGUGACUUUGACAGACACUCUGCACUGAUGGGGUUGUUGUCAACACUGACGCGUGGGCUGAUCAGGGGCGCCGACCGAAUGUCUGCGUUCACUAGCAAGCGCGGCCCGAAGUCCAACUACAAAGGGAGAGGAGCAAGACCAGCGGGCCGCCUGACCUGCAGUGGGAAGUUUGUUCCCGUGAGGGAGAUGAUUCCGGAGUUUGUCGUGCCCUCUCUGCAGGGGUUUAACCUCAAGCCGUACGUGUCGUACCGCGCCCCUGGAGGAACGGAGCCCGCCCUCACCACGGAGAUGUUAUUCAACCAGACUGUAGCCCCACACAUUAAAAGGGACAUCGAAGAAGGCACGUUUGAUAAGAACAACCUGGAGAAAUAUGGCCUUGACCCUGAACAAAAGGGGAAACUAUUCAAACUGCAUCCCAAAAACUUUGUUCGCUAACAGUAACAGAUAUGAACUGGUUCAAAUGCAACUCAAUCACAAACUAAAUGAACAGUGCGAAAUGAUGGACCUCUGUUGGAGAUUGCUGUGGAUUUAACAAUGUAAAAUGUGUUCAAUUGUUAAAGGUUAUUUCGCCCGUGUAUGUGUUAUCUGGAAGGAAAAUACCAUAAAUAUGUCUUUUGGAUUCAGUAAAAUAAUUAAAUAAAAGAUUCAUGUAACAGUU